AUGGCUCUGGGAUUGAGCUCGGGGCUCUGCUCCGGGAGCACCGGGCCCGGAUCCGGAGGACAUUCGGAGACAUCGUCGUCUCCAGGAAUCAGUGUCCCUAUCCCGGUAGCUCCGGCACCGAUGCUUCCUAAUCCCAUGUUUGCGCUACCGACACUAAACUUUACCGUCUCCCAAGUGGCCGCCGUGUGCGAAACUCUCGAAGAAAGUGGUGAUAUCGAACGACUCGCGAGGUUCUUGUGGUCACUCCCUGUCGCACAUCCCAACAUAAGUGAACUCAACAAAAACGAAGCCGUUUUAAGAGCAAGAGCUAUAGUAUCUUUCCACAGCGGCAAUUUUAGAGAACUCUAUUCAAUUUUAGAAUCGCACAAGUUUACCAAAGGUUCCCACGGCAAGCUCCAGGCCAUGUGGCUGGAGGCACACUAUCAAGAAGCGGAGAAAUUACGCGGCAGGGCUCUGGGACCCGUCGACAAGUACCGCGUUCGGAAAAAGUUUCCGCUGCCCCGUACUAUCUGGGACGGUGAACAAAAGACUCAUUGUUUUAAAGAGAGGACUAGAAGUUUGUUACGCGAAUGGUAUCUCCAAGAUCCCUAUCCGAAUCCGACCAAGAAACGGGAACUGGCCCAAGCGACGGGACUCACUCCUACCCAAGUCGGGAACUGGUUCAAGAACCGACGACAGCGGGAUCGUGCAGCUGCGGCCAAAAACAGGUGUACUAAUACCUGGCUUAAUCUUUGA